UUCCUCAGAUCCAUUGAGAAAUGACUAUGACAGAUCUUUUGGCUGCCUCUGAUAUUUCAACUGCCAUUAAUGCAUGUAAAGCAAAGGAUUCUUUCAGCCUAAAGACUUUUUUCGCAACAGUAGGCUUGUCAAAGAAGUCUCCUCCUGAGAUAGAGAAGGUCUUUAAAAUGUUGGACCAGGACAAGAGUGGGUUCAUUGAACAGGAUGAGCUACAGUUGUUUCUGCAGAAAUUUUCUAAAGGGGCUCGUGCACUUACAGCAGCUGAAACCAAGGCCUUCCUCAUGGCUGGAGACAUGGAUGGGGAUGGGAAAAUCGGCUGGGAAGAUUGUCAUCACAAUGUUGAAUACACUGAGGCCUAUUCAUUGAGGUGUUGA